AUGUCCCUGUUAACUCAAUGGCAGACAUCCCUUCCGGGCUCUGGAUACGAGGUCACCACCGUGCUCGCCAAUCAGAAAGCCGUAUAUGCCGGAAGCAACGGAUACGUUUACCUGCUGGACUGCUUGAAAGGAAGUGUCUUGGCGACCAAUACUUUGAGUGGCAUGGGUGACCAUGAAAUACGGCUGGCGCAGCCCGAAGAUGGCUCGUUGCUCCUUGUGGGAACGAAUGGCUACGUGCUGGGGCUAGAUCCCACAUCACUAAACACAUUGUGGCAGACGAGCCUACUACACUGCGGUUAUGAGGUGGUCUCAGUGCUGUGUGCGAAUGGAAGCGCGUUUGCUGGCUGUAAUGGUUAUGUGUAUCGACUGGACCAGGGAAGCGGCGAGGUGUUAAGUACUAAUUCGCUCGUCGGCCGUGGUGAUUACGAGGAAUCCACAGGCAGCGUGCUCCAUCAGAAUAGAUUGAGCGGCACAGGAGAGGAUGAGGUCCGAUUGGCACUGGACCCGGCCGCUGCUCAUCUGUACGCAGGUACCGAUGGGUAUGGUAUAGGUCUGCGCCCCGACAACCUCGACACCAUCUAUUCGGUGAGCUUGCCUGGAAGCGGCUAUUCGGUUACGGACGUUGUGGCCGGUAACCAAGUGGCCUUCUUCGCUAACAAUGGAUACGUCUUUCAGCUCGACGUCGCAGGCAACGUCGAUGACAAAAACGCUCUUGCUGGGAGGGGCUAUUCCGAGACACGCUUGGCCAUCACGCUGAAUACACCGACGCAGAUUUUUGUGGGAAUCCAUGGAUAUGCACUCGGCCUAUCGUUUCAUCCCAAACUGUCCUGA